ACCACAGAAGAAGACGACUCUCAUCCUCCGGCGGAUACUUAACAAUGUAACACCAAAUUAUGUAGACUGCUGCAAAAAUCAACUGCUGUUUGUUUUGUAGGGUCAGUCUGUUACAUUUUCAGGGAAGACAUGCAUAAAGAACACGUUUCAUCAAAGUAUGUCAACAUCACUCCAUCCAGGGAUGAAUGCGUGUACACAAGCUGUUACUGUGAGGAAAAUGUCUGGAAGCUAUGUGAACACAUCAAGACUCAAACGCAAAUACAUUUGGACGAAGUGUAUGCAGUCUUUAUAUCAAAUGAAAGAAAAAUGAUCCCUAUAUGGAAACAGAAGUCCAGUCGUGGAGAUGAACCUGUUGUUUGGGAUUAUCACGUUGUCCUACUUCAUCAGAAUCAGCAGGGACAGAGCUUUAUUUAUGACCAGGACACAGUCCUGCCUUUCUCCUGUCCUUUCCAUGUUUACACUACAGAAGCCUUCCAUACAGAUCAUGGCCUUAAACCAGCUUUCUGGAGGAAGUUGCGAGUUAUUCCUGCAGAUACCUACCUGAAGAAUUUUGCCUCGGACCGGUCACAUAUGAAAAAUGCCGAUGGGACAUGGCGCAUGCCUCCGCCGCUGUAUCCUUGUAUUGAAACAACAGACUCUAAAAUGAACCUGGGUGACUUCAUCAGUAUGGAUUCCAAAGUGGGAUGUGGACAUGUAUAUAGUCUCUCUGAAUUUGUCAAACACUUUGCAGAAAAAUGAUUGCUGGUUUGAAAUUAAUAUACUCCAUACAGAUUGGUGGUUACCUGCUGGAUACUUUCUGCCUUUCUCAGCUCAAGACUACUACAGGGUCACAAUCCAGGAAAUAACCGUUCUUAAUGUUACGUUCCUUAUCCUGGUGGCAGAAGGAAGCCAUAGGAAUUGCCAGGAAUAUGUCUAAGCCAUAAAUACAGAUGACACAAAAACUAAAUUAUUACACAUUGUAUAGUUAAAUGCAAUGCAUAUGAAGCAAACUGUACAGGGAUGAGUUGUAAAAUGUAUCUUAAUGUCAUUUAAAGCAAUUAAUGCAUUUGUCUUUGUGGAAAUGUUUUAUUUUGUGAGAUAAGCACAAGUUACAAGAUGUAAAUAAAAACAUGGGAGCUUUAGUUUCUGGCAUUUAUUGAUAGUUACUGAACUUGUCAGAGGGGAAGGAGGAACUGGAAUACAAAGAAAAUAAAUGCUGUUAUGUUGAAAA